AUGGUCUCCUCGAAAUCGCAUGCCCCGUGGCGUUGGUACGCUGCUAUGGGAGUUUUGCUACCAGCAUGCCUAGCACAUGCUAGCCCAGCAGUGAAUGUGGCUCUUCAAGCAUCAUUCGACUCUUCGCCAUACCUGGUCGAGCUUCUAGAAACCGCCGCCGAAGAAAAUUCUACCUCUUACUUCCCAUUGCUCGACCGUAUUGCCAAUGGUGACUUCGAAGAUGCGAGCUCCGAGAGGGAACUGUAUGACCGCUUCCUGCAGGUCGUCCAUGAAGAUGGCCAUCUACGUACACCAGAAAGCCUUUCCUCCUUUAAGUUAUCGCUGUCUAUCCGAUCAUCAGCGCCUAGGAUUCAAGCCCACUACCAAUUUUAUAAUACCUCGGUGCAGCAGUCGUUGAUGGCUGCACAGGAUGCUGCUUGCCCGGUUUGGGUUCAUUCAGAAGGAAAGCAGUAUUGCUCCUCGACAAUGGAGCGCGCGCAGCAAGAUGUUGAAGGUGAACUAGAUCCUAGGGAACUGCCGUUCGAUCGUAUUUUUGGCGACGCCUCGCUUCCACCUGCCGUUCUUUACACCGAUAUAUCAUCCCCGAUGUUCAAAGACUUCCACGAAACUCUUAGCGAUAUGGCACGAAAUGGGCAGGCUUCCUAUCGAGUGCGUUACCGGCCUCCUCAACAAUGGGUCGAGCGUCCCCUUUUCGUUUCUGGGUAUGGUGUGGAACUUGCUCUGAAACGGACAGACUAUAUUGUCAUUGACGACCGUGAUGCAGAGGCCAAGGUCAAUGCUCCAGCCGACUCUGAGGAACUUAAGGAGGAUGCUCCGGAUGACCUUCGUCCGCUUUCUUCUUCUGAGGUCUCUAGAUUGGGCAUGAACUCGGCCGCCUUUGUUAUGGAUAGUGAGGAUCCGUUGAACACGCUCAUCAAAUUGUCACAGGGGUUCCCUAAGUACUCUUCUUCUAUUGCUUCCCACAAUGCUACAGCAGAGCUUCGGAAUGAAAUUCGUGAAAACCGGGCGCGCAUGAUCCCGGAUGGUUACAAUGUUAUGUGGAUCAACGGUGUACAGAUUGAUUCCCGGCAAAUCGAUGCAUUCUCUCUGCUUGACCACCUUCGCCGUGAGAGGCGACUGAUUGAUAAAUUCCGUGACCUUGGACUUACUGCCCAGGAAGCCGUCAAGCUUUUGUCCCACCCAACUCUUGCCCAGUCGCAGGCCGAGGACGAUUUGCAACGAUAUGACUAUCGUGACAACUUGGAAGGUGGCGAGGUUAUUAUCUGGAUGAACAACCUGGAGAAGGAUUCGCGUUACGAAUCCUGGAUGGGUGAUCUGCAAUCGUAUAUUGCUAGUGCCUACCCUGGACAGCUGCCCCCAGUUCGCCGCGACCUGCAUAAUGUCAUCAUUCCAGUGGAUUUGUCCAACACGGAGGACAUGCUGCUAGUCGUCAACCAGAUUCAGACUUUCAUCAAGCGAAUGAUCCCCGUAAGAUUCGGCUUAGUUCCUACGGUUUUUUCGCCAGAGUCUAUCGCUCAGCUGAAAGUGGCUCACUAUCUCCAAGAGACUUAUGGGCUGGCUUCUCUGCUCUCCUACCUAGAAGCAUGUGCUUCGAAGCCAAACGCGGGGAGCCCUGACAAGUCUUCCUUCAAUGCUGCUGUUAAAGAUCGGAAUCCUCGUGCUGAUAAGGAGAUCAUGUCUCUAGAGGAAGUGCAGAAGAACGGGCAGUACGACACCAUAGUGUCGCGCACGGCCAAUUACCAGCGCCGUUUGGGCUUGACCUCCGAUGUUACUUAUUUACUCGCUAAUGGUGUCCCCAUUUCCCGCGAGAGCAAUUGGAUGCAGGAGAUGAGCAUGCAAAUUGGCAAAGAUCUGAAAUUGAUCCAACAAGGUGUUGUCGAGGGUGUCUUCCAGGAGGAUAUUUGGUUGCCAGGGUUCUAUCUGGCCGGUGCAUUUGAAACCCGGAACAUUUUCCUCAUGCCGGAGGACCCCAAGAGUGUUCGGAUUGUGGAUCUGGCCAAUAUUUUUGAAUCGGAUGUGAGUGUCUUAGGUGCGAUCCCCCAGAUCGAACCGGAGAAGGACGUUAUUGGUGGCAUUCACAUCAUUGUUGUCGGCGACUUUGACUCGGAGGCCGGCUCGGAACUUCUUGUCAACGCUCUCAACUUCAGAAAAGAGAAUGGCGAGAUUGAACUCCUCUUGCUGCAUAAUGGUCCUGAUUCUGAAGCGGCGGCACCAAAUUUGAGCAAAAUCGAACGAGCCGUCUCCAGCGGCAAAAAUAUCGACCAUAUCUUGGCCGCUGUUGAGUCUUCUGACGACUUCAAUGAAUCUGAAGUUCGCGCAGCUGCACAUAUUCAUCACCAACUCGCUAAAAAACUUGGGUUUAAGCCUGGUACAGAAGGUCUGAUCGUUAACGGCCGGGCUGUGAGCCGUAUUCCAGAAAAUCUGCUCCUGAGUGUGGGCGAGAUCGGCCAACUUGUCGCCUAUGAACGUACCAAGCGCAUUGAGCCGGUUGCACAAGCUGCUCUGUCGUUGGGAUUGAAUACUAAGCUCUCUAAGGCUCUUGACCUCGCCAAGCUGACUUCUCUGGUUUCGCUUUCCACCAUCUCCGAUAUUCCUGAAGGAAUUUUCGAGUCCAUGCCAGACUUCCGACUGGACAUAUCUGAGAAAUGGAAGACUGAUCAUUCUGUGAUUACCGUUUCUAAUUCUGAAGAUCCAUCUAUCAAUGUUGUUGCCGUACUAGACCCCGCAUCUGAGCCAGCUCAGCGAUGGUUGCCUAUUCUCAAGGUCCUCUCCGAACUGUCCGGCGUCCAGCUGAAGAUCUUCCUGAACCCCAAGGAAGAGAUCAAGGAACUACCGGUUAAGCGUUUCUACCGAUACGUUCUAGAGUCGGAGCCUUCAUUCACCAGUGAUGGGUCUCUUUCCCGACCCCAAGCCUCCUUUACUGGCGUGCCUAUUGAAGCACUGCUUACGUUGGGUAUGGAUGUACCCUCGUCAUGGCUCGUGGCACCUAAGGAAUCAGUUUAUGAUCCGGAUAACAUUAAAUUGAGCUCUCUCAAGCCUGGUGUCAAUGUUGAAGCUAUCUAUGCCCUGGAACAUAUCUUGAUUGAGGGCCACUCUCGUGAUGUCACCCUCAAGACUCCGCCUCGCGGAGUGCAACUUGUUUUGGGUACAGAAGAUGAUUCUCAUUUUGCUGACACCAUCAUCAUGGCCAACCUGGGGUACUUCCAGUUCAAGGCUCAGCCCGGUAUAUGGCAGAUCAACCUGAAGCCUGGCCGUAGCGAGAAGUUGUUCGAAAUCGAAAGUGUUGGCGCCCUAGGAUAUCAACCCCAGCCUGGUGAUGAUAAUAAUGAGGUCAGCCUCUUGUCCUUCCAAGGUCGUACUCUCUUCCCCCGUUUCUCUCGCAAACCGGGCUAUGAAGAAGAAGACGUAUUGGAGACAGGUACUCAGCCUGGCUCGACACGCGACUACCUUUCCAAGGGUUUCAAUUUCGCCUCAGGCAUUCUAUCUAGCGUGGGAAUGGGUUCUAAAAGCAGUGAGCAACAAGCCGACAUUAAUAUUUUUUCUGUCGCCAGUGGACACCUGUACGAGCGUAUGUUGAACAUCAUGAUGGUAUCGGUGAUGCAACACACGAAGCAUACCGUGAAAUUCUGGUUUAUCGAGCAAUUUCUGUCUCCGUCCUUCCGUGCCUUCCUCCCGCACCUUGCCCAGGAAUACGGUUUCUCCUAUGAGAUGGUCACAUACAAAUGGCCACAUUGGCUGCGGCCACAGAAAGAGAAGCAGCGCGAGAUCUGGGGCUACAAAAUUCUCUUCCUAGACGUGCUCUUCCCACUUUCUCUCGACAAAGUGAUCUUUGUGGACGCGGACCAAAUCGUCCGCACCGACAUGUACGACCUCGUGACGCAUGACCUCGAGGGCGCACCGUACGGCUUUACUCCGAUGGGAGAUUCACGCACGGAGAUGGAGGGCUUCCGCUUUUGGAAACAGGGCUACUGGAGCACGUUUUUGCGUGGCAAGCCGUACCACAUCUCCGCGCUGUAUGUUGUCGACCUGAACCGUUUCCGCGCCCUCGCGGCCGGCGACCGCCUCCGAGGCCAGUACCAGAUGCUCUCGGCGGACCCGAACAGCCUGAGUAACCUGGACCAAGAUCUGCCGAAUCACAUGCAGCACCAUAUCCCGAUUCACAGUUUGCCGCAGGAGUGGCUGUGGUGCGAGACCUGGUGCUCUGAUGAAGACCUGGCUUCGGCCCGAACUAUUGACCUCUGUAAUAACCCGCAGACCAAGGAACCCAAGCUGGCCCGUGCUAGGAGACAGGUUCCGGAAUGGACAGUGUACGAUGAUGCGAUUGCCGCACUAGCGAAGCGGGUGGCUGCUGAGCAAGAUGGAUUUGGGCAGAUUGGAGAGGAGGCAGCUUUGAAGGAGGAUGAUGUUGCCGAGAAUGCUGAACCUGAGGAUGAGAGCAGAAAAGAUGAACUAUAG